AGUUUAGGCCGUGGUGCAGGGAGGUCCCAGGAGUUGGUGAGGCCGAGUCUUCGGUGGCGGGGCCUUCGAGCUGGGAUCCCACGAUGUGGGAUGAGGUGACCAAGGUUUUGUGGGGUGCAGCCCGUGUGGGGAAGGCCUUCACAGAGAAACAGAGUCAGGAACUGAGGCUGGCUGCCUGCAGUACUGUGUUGGGGACUGCUCUGAGGAAGGCCCAAGUAGCUGCAGAGCGAUGUGUCAGUUCUCUCUUCGUCCAGCGACAGAGAGGAGUGCAGGCAUUCAAAGGGCGCCCUCCAUUUGACAGAGAAGGCGACGCCUCUCAAUGGAACCUCGCCUCCGAGAUGGCUCCUGAACAUUCUGGCAGCGCAACGGGGGCAGGGAGCCGGGUGACAGCUGACAGCCAGUGGGCCAGGAGUUCCUCGCUGAGGGGGGACUGCCUGACUGGAUCCAGUGGCGGCGCUGGCAAGAAUUUCCUCUUCACGGCUGCGGCCCCUGGGCUGGGCCUGACCAGGGGCUUCCACGACGAGGCCUCGGUGAGGGGUCUGACACCUGAGGAUAUCGCCAAGGCUAGAAACACGAAGCCGAGCAGUGCAAAGUGCAGCCUGCCCAAAGCCCCAAAGCAAAUGAUAAGCGAGCGUGCUCGUGAAAGGAAAGUACCCUCCUCGCGAAUCAGCCGCUUGGCAAACUUUGGAGGUUUGGCGGUGAGCCUUGGCAUUGGUGCAUUGGCAGAAGUGGCCAAAAAGUCAGUGACUGGAAACCAGAUGUCAAAAGAGAAUAAAGGGCUACUGGACUCCAGCCCCUUCCUUUCGGAGGCUAAUGCAGAACGCAUUGUCGACACACUGUGCAAGGUGCGAGGGGCUGCUCUGAAGAUUGGACAGAUGCUUAGCAUUCAAGACAGCAGUUUCAUCAACCCUCAGCUGCAGAAGAUAUUUGAGCGCGUGCGGCAGAGUGCAGACUUCAUGCCAGCCUGGCAAACUCAGAAAGUGCUGGAUGAGGAACUGGGACCACGCUGGCGGGAUAAGCUGGCAGAAUUCGAGGAAAAGCCGUUUGCUGCUGCUUCCAUUGGGCAGGUGCAUCAUGGAGAACUUCAGGACGGCAGAGAGGUGGCCAUUAAAAUCCAGUACCCAGGAAUAGCUCGCAGCAUCAAGAGUGACGUGGAGAACCUGUUGUCUCUGUUGAAAAUGAGCAUCCCACUGCCAGAAGGCCUGUUUGCUGAGAGCGGGAUUGGGGUCCUGAAGCGGGAGCUGGAAUGGGAAUGUGAUUACGUACGGGAGGCGGCUUGUGCCAGGAGGUUCAGGGAACUUCUGAAGGACGAUCCUUUCUUCUGUGUUCCGGAAGUAAUUGAUGAGCUCACGACAAAACGAAUUCUCACAGCCGAGUUAGUGACGGGCGUUCCCCUGGAUAAGUGUGAGGAUCUAGACCAGAAUACUCGAAAUAAGAUCUGUUCGAACAUCCUGGAACUGUGCCUCCGUGAAGUGUUUGAGUUCAGGUUCAUGCAGACUGAUCCGAACUGGUCCAAUUUCUUUUUUGAUGAGGAGAGACAGAAGGUGACAUUGUUGGACUUUGGAGCAAGUCGAGAGUUUGGUAAAGAAUUCACGGACAACUACAUUGAGGUCAUCCGGGCAGCUGCUGACGGCGACCGAGACAAAGUCUUACAGAAGUCCCGAGAUUUGAAGUUCCUCACCGGCUACGAAACCAAGGUGUUUGAGGAUGCUCACAUUGACGCGGUCAUGACCCUUGGGAAGGCGUUUGCUCAGCCAGAAUCCUUUGACUUUGGGAGUCAGGACACCACCCGGCAGAUCCAGAGGCUGAUCCCGGUGAUGCUGAAGCACCGUCUGACUCCUCCCCCUGAGGAAUCCUAUUCCCUCCAUCGUAAAAUGGCUGGCUCCUUCCUCAUCUGCUCCCGUCUGCGUGCCUUCAUUCCUUGCAAGGAGAUGUUCGACCAGGUGUACACCAGGUAUUUUAACCAGUCGGAUCAGCAGCUGGUUAAAAUGCAGCAAUAUAAAUAGCCCUGAUCAUGUUGCAUCAGGUUUGGAGAGAACUGUCUGUGGACAUUCUUUUUGUGUAACGUUUUAUGACUAGGUGCUGCUGCAACAUGGUCUUAUCUACCUGUGGUAUAUGAAUGUUCCUUUGGGUUUUAUAGAGCCCCUGAGCACUGCUGAUAAAAAGCUAUGGUGUUGAACCCUUCCUCCUUUCGCUCAUCAGGACAGUUCACAAGAAUGCCAGUUUAAGCGGCAGGGUUUGACACUAUUAUGCUACUUUCGGGGGGGAGGAAAAGAAAGCUGAUUGAUUGGCAAGUGGACUCUGAUUGGUGGAGCCUUGGAGAAUGCACCAGCAAAAUGGUCGACUGAUAGUUAACUGCCAAGACUUGUUUAAAUUUAAACCAGGCGCAGAGGAAACUGGUUGCAUCAGAGCAGCAACUUCCAACAGUUCCGUCCCAAAUUCCCCAUCCACUCCAUCUGAUUAUUUGCUCAAAGCCACGGUUACAAAUAAAAGCCUCAGCAAAGCGUGCCUUUUUUUUCUCAGUAUGAUCUUACUGUGCUCGGGUGUGAGAUGCUGAUGAACCAUUGGCUGUCCCUCUUUCUAAGCUCAUUGGGUGAGAUGUCACUGGAUCAUUUGAAUGGCAAGCCCAUGUGUCAGUGUGAGAGUUUUUUUUCUUUAUUUUUAAAGAAAAUACAUAAUGUAUAUUUAAUAAAUGAGGUGAUCACUA